AAUUUUCUGCUGAAAUAUCUUAAGCUGUGUUUGUAAUUAGUCAGUGAUGAAGGGCAUAUAUUGCGGUGGUUCCAUCUACUUUUAAUUCUCUUCGUUUGUUGUCCUCGGUGUCGACAUACUGGCUGAAAAAUGGGUUGUGUGGAUUCUGACACUGACUACUUUAUAUGAUGUAGCCAACAGGUGCACAGUUGUACGCCACAGUACUUUAAUUUCACUGUUCACAACUCCCCAAUAAUACAGUUAUAUGGCCAGUGCACUAUUGUUUAACUUGCGAUAAGUCUCAUUUAUAGUUUGCAGGUGGAACUUCACAUACUGCUACAAUAGUUUCUUGUUGAACCUCUACGAGCAGUAAAAUCUAACCACAAAGUUCACAGUUCUUGAAGAAUAAUCAGAUGCCAGACGUCAGGCGAAAUUUGCCGGAGACGCACGAUCUACAACGUAGCCCUGAAGAUGAACUGCAUCGUGGCAUUUCUGCUCAUAAUGUUGGUGGUUGGAACGUCGGAGGCAGCAAGAAUCUUAGGCCUGUUCAAUUACCCAGGGAAGAGCCACUUCAUAAUGUUUGAAGCAGUGAUGAAGACGCUCGCAGCACGCGGUCACCAAGUCACUGUGUACAGUCACUUCCCACAACCAGCGCCCGUACCUAAUUAUAAAGAUGUCAGUUUGGUUGGUUCCUUACCUAUCCUGACUGAUGCAAUUCCCCUUGAAGCCUAUGUUAACAGUGACAUCUACUCGUCGCUAGAUCUUUUCAUGAAGCUAUCGUCUGACGAGUGUGACAAAGUAUUGCAGUUCCCCGCAAUGCAAGAGCUGAUGAGGUCGAAUGAAACUUUUGAUUUGAUUUUCACUGAGGUAUUCGUUACUGAUUGUAUGCUGCCAUUUGUGCACAAAUUUCAGGCUCCAAAUAUUGCCAUGCGUUCUUCUGCUAUCAUGCCAUGGACGUCUGAUCGUUUUGGCUUACCCGAUAACCCUUCUUACCUACCAAUUGAGUUUGGAUUAAGUAGUGAUCACAUGGGAUUCUUUGAACGCCUUAGUAAUGCGUGGUAUUUGGUCUACAGUAAAUGGUUCCAUAGUAGAUAUAUUGAAGUAUCUACGGAUGCUGUUGUCAUGAAGCACUUUGGCGAUUCAGUUCCUCCCUUGGCAGAUAUAGCAAAAAAUACUAGCAUGCUCUUUAUGAAUACCAACCCGGCGUUGACUCCUCCAAGACCCCUCGUACCAGCUGUUGUGGAGAUUGGGGGCAUACAUUUGAAGCCCGCAGGACAACUUCCAAAGGACAUUCAGAAAUUCAUGGACGAGGCUGAACACGGAGUAAUUUACUUCACAUUUGGCUCAACAGUGAAAACACAAGACUUACCAGAAUCAAAACGGAAGGCGCUAUUGGAAGCCUUCGCAGAGCUCCCCCAGCGUGUCGUGUGGAAAUGGGAGACGGACACGCUACCUGGACAGCCGCCCAAUGUUUUAAUACGCAAGUGGCUGCCACAGUACGAGAUAUUAAGCCACCCCAAAAUGCGACUGUUCAUUACACAUGGAGGUCUGAUGGGUGCAGUAGAAGCAAUUACCAACGGCGUGCCACUGCUGGGAAUACCUCUGUUUGGGGACCAACCGGUUAAUGUUCAAAUGUUUGUAAGGAGGGGUAUUGGAUUACACCUCGCUUACAAAGAAAUAUCAAAGAAAUCAGUCCUGGAAGCCGUGAGCACCAUACUAAAUGACCCUGGGUACAAGAAGAGAACUGAGAAACUGGGCAUGGCAUUUAAAGACACGCCAAUGACGCCACAGGAGACCGUUGUGUACUGGUCCGAGUAUGUUAUCCGCCACAGAGGGGCGCCACACCUGCGCUCAGCUGCCGUGGACUUGCAGUGGUACCAACUGCUGCUCCUCGACGUCAUAGCCGCCCUCCUUGUGGCAUUUCUCGCUGUUUCCGCUGCUUUUGUGUUCUUACUACGAGUGAUCUUACGACAGCUUGGCUUCCUCAAGGUGUCGUCUGGCUCCACGUCAUUAGGCAAUAAGAGCAAGAAGACUAAACAGCAGUAACGAGUUGAACACUAUUAAUGUCACAGUAUUUAUGCUGAACGAAAUUUUCUCGUUAACUAGUCCCGGCGUUUCUGAUGCUCUUGGGUGAAGCUCGUUAGAGUCUUCAGGCAUAUUUUCUUUGGUGUUUUGGUCUUAUGUUAUGAAUAUGGUUGUUGCAAUGUUUGUAUGGAGUCAGCCCAAACAAAUACUGCUCAUCAUGUAUAUCACUGUAUGCCCUGUGUCGAUUGACGACGUUGGUUUGUUACUUGCAACGAUCCACCGAAGACCUGAAAUCCGUUAUACAAAAGUAAUGAGAAAACAUCCCUGAACAACCUCCAUAAUGGGUAUUUGAACAUACCUUCUUACACGUGAGCAGAGUGGAACGUUUCUCCAGUUUUUGGACUGUUAGUGUAUAUUCUGUAUUAAUCACGCUUGGUCGUAGUUCCUUCUCAUCUUAUCAUGAGGCACCUAUUCCUGAAGUUUUUCGUAGAGUUUUGAAACAUUAUGCAAUGUUCAUACUAGUCAGCUAUUGAUUCAUUAGGGACGGAAACGGUGGGGCAUGCAUAAAGGUGUGGUGUGGUUCUAUAUCCGAAAUUAAAUGCUUUAAAGAGGGCUAACAAGUUGUCGAUAAAAUCCGCAGUUAAAAACGAUGUCGUCGAUAUUUAUUCAGUUUAUGAGUAUUUUUUUGUCAGCAUUUCUCUUUGUAAAUGGUCUUGAAAUACACAGCGUGACAAAAAGGGUCAUGCGCUGAAGGAAGAAACGAACUGAACUUUACAGGUUGAGAGGGUGUGUGAUGUUGUUUUAGUUCUCGCAAAACUAAGUCAAAUAUUCACUCUUGGGAAUAUGAUCUCACUUAUCAGUAAGACGUUGCACCCCAUCUAGCUUGGAUAAAUGCGUUGAUUCAAUUGGGAAAGGUGCCAAUAAGCGCUCUAUCCUGUAUGGGGAAAGCUGGCCCACAACUGUUUUAACUGGCCCCAGAUGCCCUGGGACACAAUUGACGUCCGAGCUGGAACCACACAUGUUAUAUCGGGGACAGAUCUGGGUGUCCUGUUGGGCAUGAGAGUACCUCAACAUCUCACAGGCAGUUCAUGUACGCAUUUGCUGUGUCGACUAGCAUUGUCCUGCAGAAAAAUGGCACUACGACACUGUUGCUUGAGAGGUAACACUUAUCGACGCAUAAUGUCUGUGAGUACAACUGUGCCGUCAGCGCUCUCUCUGUCACUACCACGGAGUUAUAGCCAAUGGCGCACCACACAAUCGCACCAGGUGUAACACCGCUGUGCCUUUUCAAAACGUUGGAAGAAUGGGAGCUAUCCUCAGGUCGCCGCCAUGCACGCCGACGAUGAUCAUACGGGUUACUACUAAACUGCAAUUUGUCACUGAACACAAUGCGAUGCUUUUCAUCAACAGUCAUCAACUGAUCAUGGUACCAGUGGCAACUCAGCCGUUUGUAUUGUGGUGUUAGCGGCAGCCUAUGCAUGAGAUGGUAAUUUCCUAGACAGACUGUUGCUAGUCUCUGACCAGUGGUGAAGAAUGACGUAGAAUGUUGCAAGGAGCUCAUAACUUGGUCCGAAUGCCAGGCGCAGACGUGAAGGGGUUAUGGUGUGCUUGGUUCACAAUACAGUCAUCCUGUCUUGUAAUGGUCGGACAUAGUCGACCGGAACUUUAACAAGGAUUACAUCUGUCUAACAUCAGGCCACUGUAACAUCAUAAUGCUCCACAACUGUCAAUAUUGCACGAUUCGAUCAGCCACCAAAACGGAUACACACAAUGAGGCACGUUUUAAAGUCGGUCAGGUGCUGAUAACGCUGUAUCACACGAAUACACGGUAUCUCCGAGUCCUUCCCAUUAUCAUUUAUAAUCUGAUACUGUUAAGGCUCCUUAUGUACUCUACUAGGGCUGGUAGCAACAUUAAACAUGAACUACGCUAAUGUCCUCUCGUACCCAUAUUGCCUGUUAUAUACCCAACGAUGGUGUGUAUGUGUAAAAAGUGUACGACAUCCGACUUGCUGCAGCUUUUUUGUCAGGCUGUGUGAUGUCACUUAGUUGUAAUGUAAUUUUUAAGUGGUGUGGAAUACAUAAAUAAAUAAAAAACAGCAGUUGUAGAUAAGUUUGUUAUGAGACCCCUGUCUGUGGCAAUUUCGUGAAAACCUGCUUGCUUUUGUUCAUUUACUUUGAAACUAAGUUACAUUUUGAAGAGAGCCUUGUUAUUUGAUGAAUGUGUAAAAACAUUACCAAGAAUGUUUGAUGUUGGAGAAAGAACAUUGGCUCGUUCUCGACAAUCAUGGAAGUAGAGACUGUGACACUGUUGUGUGGAUCAUACCAGUGUUUAUAUAAACCUCUAACUAGAUUCAGGGUGUUAGCAUGGUGUUAGAAGCUAGUUCUCCCAGCUGUUGCAGUGCCCAAUAAUUCGAUAUUAUGAAGGAAAAAUCAGCUAACAAUGAAAUAACUCUUGGAUAUUCGCCAAAUGUUUGAAGCAUCAUCAUUACCAAUUCGAUACAGACUGCUGGACAAAGACGUCCUUUAGACUGUUAAAGCUUUAGCUAUGUGCAUCCAUGUUGCUCCUACUUUUCAUCUAAUAUCUACCAACCUUCAGUUAAAUGGUUAUCCCGGUCUUUUCUGAUCUCUUGUAAUCUAACAACGAUCUUCUACGGCUUAUCUGUAAACCAUUUACCUGUUUACAGUUCCCAAACACGUUCACUUCAUCCCCAUUUUAGCCAUAAGUACACUUUCCACUCAAGUCUAUUCCCUGAUCCAUUUGCUUCUCUUCCUGCUUCUCCUAGUAAUUUCCAACAUAAAUCUCUCCAUUUCACGAUAAGUAACCUACAAUUUCUCCAUUUUCUUCGCAUUUGUUCCACACUGGCAAAGUCAAAACUGGAAUUGGACACUAGAUAUAAGCCUCAAUGUUUACUAAAUGUUGUACACAAUAUAUGCUAAAU